UCCUCGAUCAAUAUUUUUGUACAUCGAAACUUUUACGUUCGUCUUAUAUUUCAGAAUCGAUUCUCCAAACCAUAUUCCAUAUCAUGCAUAAUAUUAACAUCCUGUUUAAACCUUCUACAUUAUUAUACUAUAUUAUUCUCCCAAGUAAUUGCGUAAUACAACCUAGAUGGCGGCACUGUGAAAUCUCUCUAAUCUCGAAUUUCACUCUGUUCUUUCUCAGUGUUCCGAAACAGUCCGUUCCAACCUUGGUCUCCUCUUUGCCUCUCCUUUAACAUCCCGGCGGGAGCAGAAAGCGACGAUGAAGAUGUAGCUUCAUCAUGAUCCGAAGCGGAUGAACAGGAUAUUGAUGUUCUAUCCAUGAAAUCAACAAGAACCAGCGAUAAGAACAGUUUCUCGAGUUCUCGGCCACACACGUGUGAAGAACAGAAAUGUCGAUUUUUUGCGUGAGAUGAUUCUUCUCUUUCUGUUUUUUUUCUUUUUUUUUUUCAUCUUAUUACGUAAUAUAGACAGUUACUCGCGUUUAUUUUGUUGGACGAGUUGGAAUAUGCACGACCAAGGAGACAAGUUUUUAGAGGUUAUGUAGAUUCGAGCGAACUUCGAAUAUAGUGUACCAGGUGUAUAUGUUUUUAUCGACCUGCAGUGUCUUUGAAACUUUUCACGAUGCAAGUUUUGAUGGUGGAUUCGAGAGAUACAGUGAUUUUAUAGGAUUAGAUCUUUGUAUAAGAGAUCCAGAAGAAGUGGCGAUAACUGGAAUUCUGGCCUCUUUCGCUGCCGUGUUGCGUUUGAUGGAGUUGACCAUCAACCUGAUUCAUCCUGUCACCAUUUUUAUGCUCCGCCAGUCUGGUAAAUUAAUCGUUUAUGGUACAACUCAAAGUAAAAGGUUGAUGUCCAACUCGUUGCGGAGGUUACGCGCUAUUACAAUAUUCCCCCCUCGAUUGGCGGUGGUCGAGAUAAGGAUGGAACAACCGUUCGUCCCGUAUCAGAGAAACGUGUUGGGCAUGGUGGAGGAAACGUUCCCGCGGAAAGAGGAUAUCCUGUUCACGGAGAGGAUCAUGGCUGGCCCCCCCGACGAUGAUGUUAAGGAACUGGUGUCUGAAAAAAAUGUGAGCGAGAAAGGGGUUGAGACGAAGUUGGAGGAUAUCGAGGAAGAGAUGAGCGAAAUUAAGGAGAAAAUUGAGGAGGAAGGGCUCGAGGAGGAGGAAAAGGAAGUGGAAGAGGAUGAGAGGGAGGAGGAGGAGGAGGAGAAGGAUGAUGAGAUGAUACCGAGCAAAACAUCUGACGAUUGA